UGGUUAGUGGUUACGAAGAGACAGUUGCACCCCCGCCAUUUCGUCAUCCAUCUCCUCUAUAAAUACCCAAUCCAGAGACUAAACCCAUUUUUGGUAAUCAACUGCCCUCUAAACUUUCCAAAAAGUUCACCUCUCGGAAGUCUUCAGAAUUCUCGAAUUACGUACACGUCACCUUAGGGUUCCAAUUUCCAAAUGCCGCCGGUGAAUUUAACGGCGAAUGCGAUCCAGGCUAUCAACGCCGGCGACGUCAACUCGAAGCCGCUGGUCCAGGUUUUGGAUAUCAAGCUCAUUGGCAGCACGCAGGAGCGUUACCGCCUCCUGCUCUCCGAUUCGGUCUAUACUCAGCACGCGAUGCUCGCUACUCAGCUCAAUGACCGAGUGAAAACUGGCCGCGUCCGCACCGGUUCCGUUGUCCAGUUGAUCGAUUACAUCUGCAGCAAUGUUCAAAAUCGCAAGAUUGUUGUCAUUCUCAAUAUGGAAACUAUCAUACCAGACUGUGAAACAAUUGGGAAUCCACAAUCACAUUUAGAAACUGAUUUAGGAAAUCAGAAACCAACUCCCAACAGAACUUCUGGGCCUGCAUUGUUCAACGGGAAUAGCAAUAUGGCUGCUCAAAGUUCCAGGCAAACAAGCUUUGCCAAUAGCAACAGUUUGAGCUCCCAAAGUGUUGCCAAUAAUUUUCAGAGCAACCGCCCAAUCAUUCAACCAGCAUACCAACCACCUCCAAACUAUAAAGGUCAUGGGGCAAUCAUGAAAAAUGAAGCACCAGCACGCAUCAUUCCUAUUGCUGCUUUGAAUCCCUAUCAGGGUCGGUGGGCUAUUAAGGCUAGGGUGACUGCAAAAGGUGAUAUCCGUCGCUACAACAAUGCUAGGGGAGAUGGAAAAGUUUUCUCAUUUGAUCUCCUUGAUUCUGAAGGUGGAGAAAUACGUGUAACCUGCUUCAAUGCUGUUCUUGACCGGUUUUAUGAUAAAAUUGAAGUUGGGAAAGUUUACAUGAUAUCAAAAGGCAGCUUAAAACCUGCACAGAAGAACUUUAACCAUCUCAAGAAUGAGUGGGAGAUACUGUUGGAAACAUCUUCAACGGUGGACCAAUGUCCAGAUGAAGACCCUUCAAUACCUAGACAACAGUUCUCUUUUAGGCCUAUUAGUGAAAUUGAGAGUGUUGAAAACAAUUCCAUACUAGAUGUAAUUGGAAUUGUAAUAAGUGUGAAUCCUUCUGUUCCCAUCCUGCGCAAGAAUGGAAUGGAGACUCAAAGAAGAAUCCUGAAUCUGAAGGAUCAAUCUGGUAGGAGUGUGGAAUUGACACUUUGGGGAGAUUUCUGUAACAGAGAGGGGCAACAACUGCAGGAAAUGGUAGACUCUGGUUUCUUCCCUGUUUUAGCAGUCAAAGCCGGAAAAGUAAAUGAUUUCAGUGGAAAGUCUAUAGGAACAAUCUCUGCAACUCAGCUUUUCAUAAAUCCAGAUUUUCCUGAGGCUUUCGGUCUUAGGCAAUGGUUUGACCAAGGAGGAAAAGAUGUAGCUUCACAUUCUAUAUCUAGGGAACUUAUGCCUUCAAUUUCAAAGAAUGAGAUACGUAAAACUAUCUCUCAGAUAAAGGAUGAAGGCCUAGGAAGGUCAGAUAAGCCAGACUGGGUUACAGUUAAGGCAACGUUGACUUUCAUCAAGACUGACACCUUCUGUUACACCGCGUGCCCCUUGAUGAUUGGAGAUAGACAGUGUAACAAAAAAGUUACUAAGUCGGGAAAUUCAAGAUGGAUAUGUGACCGGUGCAAUCAAGAAUUUGAGGAGUGUGAUUACAGGUACCUUAUUCAAGGUCAAAUUCAGGAUCAUACUGGGCUCACGUGGGUAACUGCCUUCCAGGAAUCAGGGGAAGAGCUUUUGGGUUGCUCAGCUAAGGAGUUGUACAUGAUGAAGCUUGAUGAGGAGGAUGAUACCAGAUUCUCCGAAAUUAUAAAAAAGUGCAUCUUCACACAGUUUCUGUUUAGACUUAAAAUCAAAGAGGAAAGCUAUGGUGAUGAACAAAGGGUAAAGAUUACAGUUGUCAAGGCUGAGAGAGUUGAUCAUUCUCGGGAAAGUAGAUAUCUGCUAGAUUUACUGUAAGUUUCAUCUUUCAAUAAUAAUUGAAGGCAAAUUGGAGAUUCCUCUUGCAAAAGCUUUAUAUUUUAGGAAACACAUUUAUGAUUUACACUUGAGAAGUACUACCAAAAAUUCAUGUACUCAACUGAGAGUUCUUUUUUAUCCACCGCUGUAAGGUGUGUUAUUUGUGACAUGCUUAAAUGUCUAACGUAGUUUAAAUAUUUGAGAUAUUGUAAUCCAGAAACAUAUAUUCUUUCUAAAUAUUGAAUGUAUUAGUUCUUACAUUCUCAUUA